AUGGAGCCCUCGGGCCCGGCGGCGCCUGGGGCCGGCGGAGGGGGGGCUUCGUCCUCGUCGUCCUCCUUGGUGGUGGCGCCCCCCGCCCCCGCUGCCCCCCCUGCCCCGCCCUCCCUGCGCCCCUCGCCCAGCUCCAGCGGGGGGGACCGGGACCGGGAGCGGGAGCGCGGGGGGUCCUCCGUGAUGGGGGCUCCGCACGGGGGCGGUCCGGGGGGGUCGUCGAAGCUCCGCCAGGCCAGCCCCUUGGCGCACCGGAGGGACAGCAACCCCUUCACGGAGAUCGCCAUGAGCUCCUGCAAGUACGGAGGGGGGGGCGUCAUGAAGCCCCUCAGCCGCCUCUCCGCCUCCAGAAGGAACCUCCUCGACGAGCAGCACGCCGCCGCCCCCCACCCACCCCCCGGGGAUGAGGGUGCUUCUGCGCCCCCUUCCGCGCCCCCUCCCCCCCCUUUGCCCCCCGAGAUCGUGAUCUCCCGCGAGGACAACCACCACCAGCACUCCCCGCUGGGCAACGCCCUGAAGGGCCCCCCCUCCUCCUCCUCCUCGGGAGUGAAGGGCCCUCCCCCGCCGCCCUCGUCCAAGAGGAAGCCCCCCAGCAUCGGGUACCGGCUGGGCCACCGGCGGGCGCUCUUCGAGAAGCGGAAGCGGCUCAGCGACUACGCGCUCAUCUUCGGCAUGUUCGGCAUCGUCGUCAUGGUCAUCGAGACAGAGCUCUCCUGGGGGCUCUACUCCAAGGGCUCCAUGUUUUCGCUGGCCUUGAAAUGCCUUAUUAGCCUCUCGACGGUCAUCUUGCUGGGACUCAUCAUCGCCUACCACACCCGGGAAGUCCAGCUCUUUGUGAUUGACAACGGGGCGGACGACUGGCGCAUCGCCAUGACCUCGGAGCGCCUGCUGUACAUCGGGCUGGAGCUGCUGGUGUGCGCGGUGCACCCGGUGCCGGGGGAGUACCGCUUCUUCUGGACGGCGCGGCUGGCCUUCUCGUACGCGCCCUCGCAGGCGGAGGCCGACGUGGACAUCAUCCUCUCCAUCCCCAUGUUCCUGCGCCUCUACCUGAUCGCCCGCGUGAUGCUCCUCCACAGCAAGCUCUUCACCGACGCCUCCUCGCGCAGCAUCGGCGCCCUCAACAAGAUCAACUUCAACACACGCUUCGUCAUGAAGACCCUCAUGACCAUCUGCCCCGGCACCGUCCUCCUCGUCUUCAGCAUCUCCCUCUGGAUCAUCGCCGCCUGGACGGUGCGUGUCUGCGAGAGGUACCACGACCAGCAGGACGUGACCAGCAACUUCCUGGGCGCCAUGUGGCUGAUCUCCAUCACCUUCCUCUCCAUCGGCUACGGGGACAUGGUGCCCAACACCUACUGCGGGAAGGGCGUCUGCCUCCUCACCGGCAUCAUGGGGGCCGGCUGCACCGCGCUGGUGGUGGCCGUCGUGGCCAGGAAACUAGAACUCACCAAAGCCGAGAAGCACGUGCACAACUUCAUGAUGGACACGCAGCUCACCAAGCGGGUAAGCCAGAGAACGGGAUGUCUAGUUCUUUCUCGGUUCUUUGCACCUGCAAACCCGGGAUUUCAGCCUGGCAACGUGGGAAGCGUAAGCCAGCAUUGUGAGGACAACCAACAUGAGGAUCCCCAGCAGCUUGACACGCAUAGCGCCGGGAGUUCCCCAGAAGUCAUCCUGGAGAUGGAAAGCCCGGUGCUCCAGGAUGCGGAGAUGACUCCGGAGAGUUGUGCUUCCAGCCAAGAUACAGAGGAGGAAGCGGAGGAGUAUGAGGAGGAGGAAGAAAUGCAGAGCGUGAUGUACGACCUGAUCACGGAGCUGAACGACCGGAGCGAGGACCUGGAGAAGCAGAUUGGGGGGCUGGAGGCCAAGAUGGAGCACUUGGGGGCCAGCCUGGCCUCCCUGCCCCUCGUCGUCGCCGACGCCUUGCGCCUCCAGCAGCAGCAGCUCCUGGCCGCCAUCCUGGACGGACUCCAGCGGGGGACCCUUGGGGCCGGGGGUACGACCUGAUCACCGCUCUCGGACAGCCCCCUGGGACUCAGCUCCGCCUCCUUCCCCACGCCCUACACCAGCUCCAGCAGCUGCUGAAACAGGACCACACGGACCGCAAGCACCCCACGUGGGGUGGGAGGGGGGUCGUUCGGACCACAACCCCAAGCGAGGUGGAGGGGGGUCCUUUGAGCCCCUCAAACGCCUCCGCCCGACCUGGACCCAGACCCGGACCCUCUCGGCCGCCGGAUCGGUGCCUCAAGGAGAGAGGGGGAGGGGCGGAAGGGGGUCGCCCUCGACUCGUCGUGCCCCCCCCCCCGGCCUGCGCCCGUCCAGCCGACGGUUGGGAAUCUACGUUCAAUCUCAGGUCUUCACACGGAGAAACAAAGCCAACCCUGGCGUGGCCGAGCGAGCGGCCGGCGAUGGGCGGGGAGGGAGGGAGGUCGCGGUGGGAGGUCGCGGUGGGACCGGGACACUGUGUGCACCCCGGAGCCAGCCACCGGCAAUGGGGACCCUUUCCCACCCUCCCCUUUUUACGGAUCCUGGGACAACAUCCCUCCCUCCUUCCUUCCUUCCUUCCUUCCUUCCUUCCUUCCUUCCUUCCUUCUUUCCUUCCCCCUUUCUUUCUUAUGUUUUGGGACACUCGUUUUUCCUUUUCCUUCUUUCCUUCCUUCCCUUCUUUUUAUGCUACAUGGGACAGUCUUCAGUUCUUUCCUUCUUUCCUUCCUUCCAUCCAUCCAUCCAUUCUAUCUUUCUUUCUUCUUACUGUUUUGAGACACUCCUUUUUUUCCUUCCUUCCUUCCUUCCUUCCUUCCUUCUUUCCUUCCUAAUAUUUUGGAACACUCAUUUUUCCUUUUCCUUCUUUCCUUCCUUUCUUUUUAUGGUACCUGGGACAGUCUUCAGUUCGUUCCGUCUUUCCUUCCUUCCUUCCAUCCAUCAACCCAAUCAAUCUAUUCUUCUUAGUGGGGCCCUCUUCCCUUCCACUCAGCCAUUCUAUCUUUCUGUGUACUGUUUUGAGACACUCCUUUUUUCCCUUCUUUCCUUCCUUCCUUCCUUCCUUCCUUCCUUCCUUCCUUCCUUCCUUCCUUCCUUUUCCUUCCUUCCUUCCUUCCUUCCU